AUGACAUUGUACGAUACAUUGAUACGUUGCAAUUACGAUAGGGUUUAUUAUAUCAUGUACAACGAAUAAUAACGAAGUACUAAUAAAUCACUUCUAAUAUUACAUCUUUUAAACUAUGAACUGUAGCUUAUCCCCAAUGAACUGUACGUCUUUUCCUCUUUUUUUUUUUUAAUUUUAAGUUUGUGUAAUUAGGUAUUAGCCUCUAGGUCCUCUGAAUCUUCGUCUGCCAUCAAUCUAAAGAGACACAAACAAGAAAUAAGAAUAGUAAUAAGAAAGAGUAGAAAAUAAUAGGAAAUCAUUUGCAUUUCAAUAUAAAAUAUAUGUUCAUUUUAUAAAAGUCCAUUUCUUUACAUGACCCUUCUAGAAAUAUAUAAGUUGUAGAGGCAUUACUAGAACACAUUAUGCUUGGUAUAUUUUACUAAAAAUUAAAAUAUGCAGCUAAAAAUACAAAAAGUAUGUAGUAUAUAAAAAAACCAAAGCAAUUGUUAAAAAUUGUAAAAGAAUUGAUAUUUACAAUUGAAUGUUUGCAAUCAAAAAAUGUUUGUCGCAACAGGUAACAUUCGUCUGGUACAGACGGAUGUCUGAUUUGAAGACAUUCUUUGGGAAUUCGUCUUUCCUAUGAUAAAAUAAAGAUUGCGUUUUAUUUCCUAAAUAUUUCUCAACAUUCUGAUAUACUGCAAAUGGAGGUUAUGAUGCUCAUAGUACAGUUUAAUAACUUACUAUUUUGCAACAAUCCGUUUGUAACAAACACAUUUUUAACUUCGCACGUAAAUAAGCACACUUAGUCUUAUCCUUUAAAGUUUUAACUUCUUCUUCGUAUUCAACCAUUUCGUAAAAUACAUAAUAUAAUGUAAUUUCAUAUGAAAUUGCUGUUUAUCAAUACAGAAUUUGUAACGGGAACCCUAACCUCUCUCGACUGCAAGUACGUGCGUGUACAAUGUAUGCAUGAUUUGUGCAAGGGGUUAGGUUCUAAUAUAUGAUCAACGCAAGAUUUAGAUAGCAAUUCUAUUUAGAAAUGUCAUUCAAAUUUGUCCGUCCAUACAUAUGACGGACAAUAAAAGACAAUAAGCAAAAUUUGUGGAAAAGGAGAAAGUGUGAGGUAAUAGACCUUCUUCCUGAUCAGAUUAUUGUUUGACAGAUCAUAUGUAACAUAUUAUUGUAUAUUGGAAGAUAUAAUUAAAACGUUUCUUCUGAGAUUUUUUUUUAGUUACAUUUUUUCCUUGUACAGCGUUACAUUCGUAUUGUGGCAAAGCAAUUUCUUUCAGAAAUGGUUUAUCAACGUGCAAAUCAGAGGGACAGUUCCCCACAUUAUGUUCUUUUAUACUCGGAUGAUGAAAAUAGCGGAGACGAAGAAAAUAUCCCUCUGCAACAGCGUACUAAGCUUGCAUCAUUACCACGUAAAGUGGAAGUAAUAAAUGUUCUGUUGAAAGCAGAAGAUACGUUACAAGCAUUGGCAUUACGGUAUAGAUGCACGAUCUCUGAACUGAAAAGGAUCAACAAGAUUCAUAAAGAAAAUGAAAUACAUGCAAGACGAUUCAUCAAAGUACCUGUACAACCAUUUUCUCUUCUGACUGAAACUUUAGAACAAGAUCCAAGUGGACAGGCACACAGAAGCGAAGUAAGUACAUCCAGUCCUGGUGAAGGGACAGAAAGUAUAGUAACAAAAGAUCCGCUAUUAAAUGUGAUAAAAAGUCCUGUUGUGGUUGAAUUACCAAAGACAGAAAUUAAUACAAUUAUAUUAAACUCAGUUUGCGAACCCUUGUCGUCAUACAACAAUAGUAACUUAGACAUUACCAGUUCAGAGUGUGAUCAAUUACUUACUCCAGCAGAGAGUAAUACAGAAAACUCUCAUUUAACAGAAACAUUUAGAUGUUCUGGUGAUGACUGUGGAAUAUCCUGGACACAGCUUCUUGGAUUUUCCUUGUUACUAGGCUUUGCAGGACCUAUCAUAUAUAUACUUUACAUAACUGAAUUUUCAUCUAAAACUCAUUCAGUUGCUAAUCAUUAG